GCAAAAAGAUCAAUAUGUCUUGAUGUAUCUGUAGUAGAUAUGUGUUAGAAAUCUGACACCUUUUCAGUGAAGUCGUUUACGAAACCUUUCUAUCAGAACGUUUCCGCAGCAAAGACACACGAUAUUGUACAGUGCUCAGACGUGAGUGGUAAAAUGGAUUUGUGUGAAAACAACUUAUUGUUAGAUCAAUCAAAAACUAAACAAAGUAAAUUAUCCGUUUUAUUUGCUGUAAUUUGUAUUGUGGAUGUAUUUGGAGUGUUUCCUGUAAUAGCGUUGCCAAAAGCCAUCAUAGACUGUGGUAUAUAUGGUGCCCUUGUAAUAACCGUAGUUUGUUCAGUUCAAAUAUACACAGCCAUUUUGUUGGGCAGAUGUUGGAUAAUGGCUGAAAAAAUUGAUAUAUCUGUAAAAAAGAAAAAUAGAUAUCCAUAUUCAGCUUUGGCUGAAAUCACGUGGGGUCCGGCAUUUUCGAAUUUUGUUUCGUUUUUGGUCAACUUGACGAUAUUUUGUGGUGGAAUCCCCAAUUUAAUUGUUGCGUCACAAAACCUACAACUGCUAGGAUUAAGACUGACUAGCAACAACAUUGAUAUAUCAUUUUGUUACUGGAUAAUUGCAUUAGGAACGAUUUUGUGUCCAGUUUUGUGGUUGGGAAGUCCAAAAGAUAUGAAAUUACUCUGUUCCAUUUCCGUCUCCAUAGUAAUACUAGUUUUUCUGCUCGUUUUUGGCUGCUUAACAUUCAGUUCGACAGAAGACACCCCUCAGACCAACAACACAGAAACUGAACUUCCUCUCUGGGAACUAAUUUUUAUAUCGUACGGGAUUAUUUCCUUCCAGUAUGAUAUCCACCCCAGCGUCUUAACAAUCCAGGUUGACAUGCAGGAAAAAUCAAAACUGAAUAUAGCUGUCCUAAGUGCAUUUGCAACCUCUUUAGGAAUGUUUUCAAUCGUCACCACAAUCGCAGCAAUCAAAUUUGGCACAUCGACAGAGGCGAGCCUUCUAGAAACACUUCCGACUACCGUUGCUCUACAUUCAGCUGCAUUUUUUGUGGCUCUUCAACUGUGCCUAUCUCUGGCGGUUAGCAACAGCGCUCUCUUCCAACACGUGGAAGAUUGUAUGAGCAUACCUCGAGUUUUUAAUCACCGCCGGUGUAUUUUAAGAACAACAUUGACCUUUCUUGCUGUAUUGAUCGCAGAAUCCGUACCACGAUUUGAUCUAGUCAUGUCUCUGAUUGGAGGCACACUAACCGGACCAUUGAUUUUUAUUCUGCCACCAUUAUUCUACUUGAAGAUGUUGCUGUUAGAAAGUAGACACAUGAAGCAAUUAACGGCGGAAAGGUUUACGGUUGCUGUGUAUACGGCUGAGGAAGAAAGUAGUGAACUGUCAAUGUAUUAUGUUAAUUUAGUGGAAAAACAGAGUCGUUUGGGAAGGAAAAUUAAUGCAAUCUUCUGCGUAGUCGUAAUAGUUUUUAGUGUUUUUUGCACUUUAGUCACAACUUACAUCAAUGUGAAAAAUGCUGUCACUUUCAUCAAUUUCACCCAGCCAUGUAUUUUUAACGUGUCGUCGAGUUUAAUAAAUUUGUAGUGA